CUGUUUUAAUGACCAGCCCCACAGUCCCCAAGUCACUCCUGGAAUACAGCAGCAGAGUGGCCAGCUUGCCGAGGGGAGAGGAUGCUAGCCAUGAGGGACCAAGGUUGGCUCCACACUUAGGCCUCCAGCCGGUGCUGCCCUGCUGGUCAACAGAACCCAUCAUCCCAGGAGGCCUUCCUCCAGCCUUUGCUUGCCAAGCUCAGCUCCAGGCUGUGGGAAAAAUGGACCACCACCGGGCCAGCAUGGACCCUGACAGUGACCACCCCUUGAACAGUGUUGGUGCCAUACCCCUGCGCAAGCCCCGGACCCCAAAGGAGACCUUCAGAAAGGUGGGGAUCCCCAUCCUCGUGACACUGCUGAGCGUGAUGGUCAUCAUCGUUGUGGCUGUCCUCAUCAAGGUGAUCCUGGAUAAAUACUACUUUUUGUGCCCGAACUCUCUGCACUUCAUCCCAAGGGGGCAGGUGUGUGACGGCCACCCCGACUGUGCCUCGGCAGAGGACGAGGAGCCCUGUGUCAACAGCUUCCCUGAGCAACCUGCUGUGACAGUCCGCCUCUCCAAGGACAGAUCCACCCUGCAGGUGCUGAUCCCCACCACAGGGAACUGGGCCUCUGCCUGUUACGACAACUUCACAGAAGCUCUGGCCAAGACAGCCUGUGCACAGAUGGGCUACGACAGCCAGCCCACUUUCCAAGCUGUGAAGAUUGGCUGGGACCAGGAUCUGGAUGUCGUUGAAGUCACAGAAAACAGCCAAGGGCUUCAGGUGCUGAACUCAAGUGGACCCUGCAUCUCGGGUUCUUUGGUUUCCCUGCACUGUCUCGACUGUGGGAGGAGCGUGAAGGCUCCUCGCGUGGUGGGCGGGGUGGAGGCCUCUGUGGAUUCUUGGCCUUGGCAAGUGAGCAUCCAGUACAACAAGCAGCACAUCUGUGGAGGGAGCGUCCUGGACCACUACUGGAUCCUCACAGCAGCCCACUGCUUCAGGAAAUAUCUCGAUUUGUACAACUGGAAGGUGAGGGCUGGCUUUGAAAAGAUGGACCACUUCCAGUCCCUACCUGUGGCCAAGAUCUUCACCAUUGGGCAAAACGAUUCACACCCCAAAGAGAAGGAUAUCGCCCUCGUGAGGCUACAGCUCCCUCUUAUGUUCUCAGGCACAGUCAGGCCCAUCUGCCUGCCCUUCUUUGAUGAGGAGCUUGCUCCAGCCACCCCACUCUGGGUUGUUGGAUGGGGCUCUACAGAACCAAAUGGAGGGGAGAUGUCUGACACCCUGCUGCAGGCUUCCGUCCAGGUCAUUGACAGCACCCGGUGCAAUGCGGAGGAUGCGUACCAGGGAGAAGUCACUGAGACAAUGCUGUGUGCAGGCAUCCCAGGUGGUGGUGUGGACACCUGCCAGGGUGACAGCGGUGGGCCCCUGAUGUACCACUCUGGGAAGUGGCAGGUGGUAGGCAUCGUGAGCUGGGGCCAUGGCUGUGGAGGCCCAAGUACCCCUGGAGUAUACACCAAGGUUGCAUCCUAUCUCAACUGGAUCUACAGUGUGCGGAAGUCUGAGAUGUGACACUGCUGUCCCUCUGCAGUGCUGAGCUGCUUCCUCCUCACCUCACCAUGUGGAGAUCCCCCAGAACUCAGACUCAGAGAAAGGGCCCCUGUGGGCAGAGCCAUCUGCCUGCAGCCUCAGGAUUCUUUGGAUCAACGAAGGGCCUCCUUUCCUGAGGAAGACUCCACACCCCAGAGGUACCCAGAAGGGAGCCAGCUACCUUAGCUCAGCCACCCCCAGAGUGACACAGUGCACUGCACAGCACCAGUCAGUGGACCAGGCCUCAGAGGCAUUGCAGAACUGAGAAGGAACCUGUCUCUACCACAUGGAAGUGGCUCUUUCGUGAGAAUCCAGAGAACUGAGGGAUGACCGGAGGAGAAAAGUGUCUGCCCAGCGCUCUCCUCCACCCAUCCCCAAGCCCACUGGAGCAAGGAACCAGAUGCAAUGUAAACUGUACUGUCCUACUGUGCACAUGACACUGCUACCUAUCACUGUUACUGUCGAUACUUGUAUGGCUGCUAUCAUUAAAGAGGUGUGUGAAGUCA